UCGUAUUGACCGAUAGACGCGAAUCGUUCGAAGUGUGUGAAUUGGUCGAACCGUUCCAAUUAUUCAAACUAUCAGUCGUGACUCCGAACGGGUCUUGCCUCGCAGUGAAAAUAAACCGAGACAGUAUUUUCAGAGUUCAAUCGACGAAUGCAAAAAGUGUAAAUAAAAGAUUGGUUUCAGGCAACUAUCGCGAAAUGCGAAAUAUUCAAAUUAUCCAAUUAUUUUUAUUAACUUUGUGCUCGCCUCUAAUCAAUCAAUUGUUUUUAAUUCGAUGGAAUAUUGAUCCAAUAUGUGAUAUCAAUCUUUUAUUUUUGACAAUGAAAAAGAAAUGUGUUGAUAAAUCGUCGAAAGUGAUCGAGCGCUCAUUAAUUUGAACAAGUGUUUAUUCAAACGGAAAUUCGCUAGUAUCAGUUUAAAAUAAAAAAUAGUCCUAAACUGAAAUUCCGAGUCAAUGUCUAACGACACUGCUUAAAUUUAGUCAGUGUUAGAAUAAUCAAAAAAUCGAUUCGUUCGGUACGAAAGAAAUAAGUUUCGUCUAUAGACGCUCAGUCCGACCAGUAGGUGUUACAAGAGAGACAAAAAUGUGCACACAAUUAACUCGGAUCAAUUGAAUCUACUUGGUUCUGGUAGCCCGAACGUUAGGUCAAACAAAAGGGGUACAAAGUGAUUCAGAAAGCCACUUUUAAUAACUGUAACAGUGUCGAACAGACUCGCAAACGAAGCGGAUCGUUUAAACUAUUCUUACAAGCUUGACACGUCGAUUAUUAUAAUUCUUCAAAAUGGAUUUUGAUUUCAGUAAACUUGAAACAAUGGUCUACAAUAUGAGGGCUGUGAGUUUCGGAAUGAUAUUCAAUGCAUUCACAAGAAAAAAAAAAAUAACUUCACCAGGUGAAUCUGGCCUCGCAAGAUGUUUAUCGACUUUGGAUUUAACAGCUCUGGGAAUUGGAUCUACCCUUGGAGUUGGUGUUUACGUUUUAGCGGGAGAGGUCGCGAAAGAAAAAGCUGGUCCAGCUGUUGUUAUAUCUUUUGCGAUUGCUGCUAUCGCGUCCAUGUUCGCAGGUCUCUGCUACGCUGAAUUUGGUGCAAGAGUUCCAAAAGCCGGAUCCGCGUAUAUAUACAGUUACGUGACAAUCGGUGAAUUUAUAGCAUUUCUUAUAGGUUGGACUCUAAUUCUCGAGUAUGUAAUCGGCUCGGCAAGUGUCGUUCGUGGUCUGAGUAUCUACGUCGAUGCACUAUUCGGCAACGCCAUGAGCACGGCCUUUCAAGAGGCUGCUCCCAUAAGAAACGAAAAUUUCUCAUCGUAUCCAGACUUCUUUGCGUUUGCUGUCACAAUUUCCUUCUCUGCUGCACUCGCAUUCGGCGCCAAGGAAUCUUCGUUAGCAAAUAAUUUCUUCACUCUCAUAAACCUCGGAGUCGUUCUGUUCGUUAUUUGCGCCGGAUCCAUCAAAUCUGAUGCCGGCAAUUGGAAACUUGAGGAGGAAUGUACGAAGGAUAGUUGCCCUCAUGGCACGGGCGGAUUCGCCCCAUACGGGAUAGCAGGAAUAAUGGCCGGAGCUGCCAAAUGUUUUUAUGGUUUCAUCGGCUUCGAUUGCGUGGCGACAGCUGGAGAGGAAGCUAAAGAUCCAAAAAAAUCGAUUCCAAUAUCGAUAGUCGCUUCUUUGACAGUCGUUUUUCUCUCUUACUUCGGUGUUUCGACUGUUCUGACCACCGUUUUACCCUACUACGAGCAAAACGCUGCGGCUCCUUUUCCUCACAUGUUCGACGCCAUCGGAUGGAACUGGGCCAAAUGGCUCGUUUCCAUUGGCGCCAUUUGUGGUCUGUGCUCCAGUUUACUAGGUGCAAUGUAUCCACUUCCUCGUGUUAUCUAUGCCAUGGCAUCGGACGGCCUCAUAUUCAAGUGGAUGGGAAAAGUUAAUUCGAGAUUUCACACUCCGCUUGUAGGGACAUUAUCAGCUGGCGUACUUACAGGAAUUUUGGCUGCAGUGUUCGACCUCAAACAAUUGACUGACAUGAUGAGUAUUGGAACUUUACUUGCUUAUUCCAUCGUCGCAGCGUCGGUGCUCAUAUUGAGGUACGAAGAAAGCGAGGCAGCCGAAAAAAAAGUGGAUCGGGAUUCCAGAGAUAUCGUAUUCAUCCUAAAGCAGUUGGUCAACGCAAAUAAAUUGUAUCUAUCGACUAAAUUCACUGCACGACUCGUCACGUCCCUCGUCUUCGCUUACUUCGUUCUGUGCUUUUGUGUGGCUGUUAUGAUCACCUUUUAUGGUGCAGAGAUACUUAAUGGAACUGGAUGGGCAAUCGGAGUCACCGUUAUUUUCGUUUUUCUUCUCGGACUGACGCUCUUCUUCAUUUAUUGCCAACCAACUUCUGACACAAAACCUGGAUUUACAGUUCCACUCGUGCCGUUUUUACCGGCUGUGAGUAUAUUAAUCAAUGUAUAUCUCAUGACGAUGCUGGACGUAAAGACGUGGAUUAGAUUUGGAGUUUGGAUGGCAGUAGGACUUGCGAUAUACUUUUCGUACGGAGUGUGGCACAGCAACUGUAGAGACAAAAAAUCAACCCCGAAAUUAAACAUAACUAGUGACAAAUAAUGAUAACAUAAAUAAAUACUCUUUUUAACAA